AUCAUCAUCCCCGUUCUUUACGAGGCAGCAGUGGCGGUAAUGUUAUGGAGUUUUCUCCCCUGCUCAUCAGUGGCAAGUAGGAAACCCCAGGCCUAUUGGAAACGUUAGGUUUACCGACAACAAAACAUCAGUAUUCAAGUGGUGGUGAAAAAUAUCCGUCUAGUUCUGCAUGAGAUCCAAAGAGAGCAUCGAAACAUGGUGGUUCUCAAAAUUAGAGACCAGCCUGCCCUGCUAAAAGCUAUUUUCAAUGUUGAUCCGGAUGAAGUACGCUCUCUCGUUUUCAAGAAAGAGGAUGUGAAUGUACAAGACAAUGAAAAAAGGACACCGCUGCACGCAGCUGCUUACCUAGGAGAUGCUGAGAUUAUAGAGCUCUUAAUUUUAUCAGGGGCGAGGGUGAAUGCCAAAGACAACAAAUGGCUGACUCCUCUGCACCGCGCAGUGGCAUCCUGCAGUGAGGAGGCUGUGCAGGUUUUGUUGAAGCACUCUGCCGAUGUGAACGCUCGCGAUAAGAACUGGCAGACUCCUCUACAUGUGGCCGCUGCUAACAAAGCGGUCCGCUGCGCUGAGGCAUUGGUGCCACUGCUUAGCAAUGUUAAUGUAUCAGAUCGGGCUGGACGCACAGCUCUGCACCACGCUGCCUUCAGUGGCCACCUGGAGAUGGUGCGGUUACUGCUAUCCAGGGGAGCAAAUAUAAAUGCAUUUGAUAAGAAGGACAGAAGGGCGAUCCACUGGGCGGCAUACAUGGGUCACAUGGAGGUGGUCAAACUGCUGGUAUCUCAUGGUGCUGAGGUGACGUGUAAGGAUAAGAAAGCUUACACACCCCUCCAUGCUGCAGCAUCCAGCGGGAUGAUCAGUGUAGUGAAGUAUCUGCUGGACCUAGGAGUGGAUAUGAAUGAGCCAAACGCGUAUGGGAACACGCCACUGCACGUGGCAUGCUACAACGGUCAGGAUGUAGUGGUGAACGAGCUGAUCGAGUGUGGUGCGAAUGUGAACCAGGUUAACGAGAAGGGCUUCGCACCCCUGCACUUCACCGCCGCCUCACGUCACGGAGCGCUCUGCCUUGAGCUGCUCGUGGGAAAUGGAGCCGAUGUCAAUAUCAAGAGUAAGGAUGGUAAGACUCCUCUACAUAUGACCGCAAUCCACGGGAGGUUCUCAAGAUCUCAGGCGAUUAUUCAAAAUGGUGCUGAGAUAGACUGUGAAGAUAAGAACGGGAAUACUCCUCUGCACAUCGCAGCUCGAUACGGACACGAGCUUCUCAUCAACACACUGAUCACUAAUGGAGCUGAUACAGCCAAGAGGGGAGUUCAUGGCAUGUUUCCACUGCAUUUGGCUGCCCUCAGCGGCUUCUCAGACUGCUGUCGUAAGCUGCUGUCAUCUGGUAAGCUGUAUCACUGCUCAGAUAGUCAGCCAGUGCACUUUUUGUGCAUGGAUUACAUAAUUUAUUGCAAUGUAACAGCAAGUCUCUGUCUUCCAGGCUUUGAUAUAGACACCCCUGAUGACUUUGGAAGGACCUGUUUACAUGCUGCUGCUGCCGGCGGGAACCUUGAGUGUCUGAAUCUUCUCCUCAACACCGGGGCAGAUUUCAACAGGAAGGACAGCUUUGGAAGGACACCUUUGCACUAUGCAGCUGCAAACUGCAACUACCAGUGCCUGUUUGCUUUGGUGGGUUCAGGAGCCAAUGUCAAUGAGCUUGACAAGAGGGGCUGCACCCCCCUCCAUUACGCCGCUGCUUCUGACGCAGAUGGAAAGUGCCUGGAAUAUUUGCUGAGGAAUGAUGCCAACCCAGGGAUCCGAGACAAUCAGGGCUACAAUGCAGUGCAUUACGCCUCUGCUUACGGACACCGCCUGUGUCUGGAGCUGAUUGCGAGUGAAACUCCUUUAGAUGUGUUAAUGGAAACCUCAGGGACAGACAUCCUAAAUGACUCUGAUGUACGUGCUCCUGUGAGCCCUCUGCACCUGGCUGCAUAUCAUGGACAUCACCAGGCUCUUGAGGUAUUGGUUCAGUCUUUGCUGGAUUUGGAUGUGAGAACAGCACAAGGACACACGCCGCUGGACCUGGCUGCCUUCAAAGGCCACGUUGAAUGUGUGGAUGUGCUCAUCAACCAGGGGGCUUCCAUCCUAGUGAAAGACUACACACUCAAGCGCACCCCCAUCCACGCCGCUGCCACAAAUGGUCACUCUGAAUGUCUCCGUUUGCUCAUCGGAAAUGCUGACCUGCAGAGUGCAGUGGACAUUCAGGAUGGGAUUGGCCAGACGCCUCUGAUGCUGUCAGUGCUGGGUGGACACACAGAAUGUGUUUACUCCCUUAUUAAUAAAGGAGCCAAUGUUGAUGCCAAAGACAAACGGGGCCGCACUGCUCUGCACAGAGGGGCGGUGACGGGUCAUGAGGAGUGCGUGGAGGCCCUGCUGCAGCACAAUGCCAGUUUCAUGGUACGGGACUGUAGGGGGCGCUCUCCAGUGCACCUUGCGGCCGCCUGUGGCCACGUUGGGGUUCUGGGGGGCCUUCUGCAUGCUGCCCAGUCAGUAGUGACCAUUCCUGUCAUCACUGACCACCAGGGCUACACGCCCCUGCACUGGGCCUGUUAUAACGGUCAUGACACUUGUGUUGAAGUGUUGCUGGAGCAGGAGUUAUUUCAUAAGACUGAAGGGAACACCUUUAGCCCCCUUCACUGUGCUGUUAUAAAUGACAAUGAAGGAGCCGCUGAGAUGUUGAUAGACACACUUAGUCCCGCCAUCGUCAAUUCAACUGAUUCCAAAAACAGGACUCCUCUUCAUGCUGCGGCGUUCACAGAUCAUGUGGAGUGUCUGCAGCUCUUGCUGGGUCAUAACGCACAGGUGAACUGUGUGGAUGCUGGAGGCAAAACCCCACUCAUGAUGGCCGCUGAGAACGGCCAGACUAAUGCAGUCGAGGUGUUGGUGAGCAGUGCAAAAGCAGAUCUCACGCUACAGGAUGCCAACAAAAACACUGCUCUCCAUCUGGCCUGCAGUAAGGGUCAUGAAACCAGUGCCUUGCUGAUCUUGGAGAAGAUCACUGACAGAAACCUCAUCAACUCCACCAGUGCAGCUUUGCAAACGCCCCUGCAUGUGGCUGCCAAGAAUGGCUUGACUGUGGUUGUCCAAGAACUACUAGCUAAGGGUGCUAGUGUGCUAGCCGUGGAUGAAAAUGGCUACACUCCAGCCCUUGCUUGUGCUCCUAACAAAGAUGUGGCAGAUUGCCUGGCGCUAAUCCUGGCCACCAUGAUGCCAGUGUCUCCCGGCGGAGGAGCGGUGCCCAGCCUCACGUUCAGUGCCAUCAAUCACUACACCAGCCCCAGCAAAAGUGUCACGUUCGACAGUCUGCCCAUGCUCCGCUCCGAUCACAGCUCCUACUGCAAUUACAACAGCAUCGGCCGCCACGACGGCUUCUACAAGGACGACGAGCUAAACGACUCUGACUCAGAGACGUACUGAAGAGGAGAAAAGGAGAGGCACACAUUUUGUCUUAAUUACCCAGCGGCCGGCCACUCCGCAGAGCCUUAAGAGUCUCUACACACAACACACACAAACAGACACAUGUAUGAGGCGCAGCAGGCUGGCCCUCCCAGCCCCCUUAUCCAUCAGCUCAACCUCUGCCAGCGCAUCUUGCCCUACACAAAUAUGACGGAUAAGUGGGCGGACCUCUCGACAUGGCAAUAAAAGACAAGAAUCAGCAGCCUGGGAGCAACUUUUGCACAAGCAGUUUGACACUGUCGUAGUGCAGCUGGGUUUGGACGUUUAAAUCCUCCCUCGCGAAAGACUGGGAUAUUUGUGAUGCUUUCAACGGCUUCAAGUUAGUGUGCACUUCUGAAUCGAUCAUUUACAUUCACUUGGAAAGAAAUGAUUUAUUUUUUAAAAUGCAAUUUUAAUACCUGUCAAUUUCUCUGUCCCUCUGAUGGGGAUAAAAUAAAAAAAAAUUUAAAAAAAUAAGUUUCAGUAGUUUCAAAACUGCAAGGGCAAAUCGAGGACAUGAACAUCAGCAUUGUAAUGCUUUUGGCCACAAGCAUGAGUGAUGAUAAAAUGCUAACUGUCUCCAUCUUCAGUUUUAGGAUAAAUUAUUCUUUUUAUCUAUGGUAUUUAUUUUUACUUUCCAUUUUUCUUCAUCAUUUUGUGCCUUCAUAAAUUACUGUAUGGAGGGAAGGGGCAGCUUUAGAGAAAAUCUACGAUGCACAAGAACUUCAACACUACGUCUGUGAAAAGCACUGAAAAUGAAGAGGCAAAUGGAUCCCAGCAUGCUUUGCUCCAGAAUGAGGAACACUGUGUAAACCAAUGGUAGAACAGCAUUUGAUCUCUUUGUAUGUUGAUAUAUAAAUAUAUAUUCUAUUUUUUCUGGCUCUUAUUAACAUGACUUUUUUGGGCAGGUAUGCUCGCUUUGAUUUAGCAAAUGAAACCACUCGAUCGUUCUGUGAUGGCCUGUCAGAAACCUGUGUUUGUCUCUUCAAGCUUUGAUUUUUGGAAUGAUUGAAACUGGAAAUCUGUUCAGUACAGCUUCCCAGCUGAGAGGGGGUCAGCAGGGAUCUGUUUCCUUUCCUGUCCUUUUCUUUGGGGAAAAAGAGAGUGAUUGGUGCGGUCGAUGGCCGCUGCUGCCCCCUACCCACAAUAAGAGAUUCCUGUAUAUUUUAUGGUUGAUUAAAUAAAUAAAUGAGUUCAGUACUUCAAAUCUUAUUUUUCUUAUCAAUUGUUUGAAGGUGCCAUAGAAUGCAAAAAUCACUUUUAUAAGGUGUUUGAACGCAGUUGUGUGGCCGCGGUAUGUGAAAACAACCAGCCUAUAAUGGAUAAGAUCCACUCACUCAUUGUUUUAGAAUCCCAAUAAAUCAAUGUUGUAAAAUUGACUGUAAUUUCUAAGGGUUUAUGAAGUUUCAACACAUGCUGUCUUUUUGUUUUCUGGCUGGACCGAGUGCAGAAGAGUUCAGAGUUCAUCUCAGUUUAAAUGUACUUUCACUGAGAGCUGUUCUCCUGCAACGAUUAGCUGCUAAAUAUUUUCAUUUAAGUGUGAAACUUAAGCGUUAUAGUUUCAGUACACUUAUAGGGGAUGAUACUCUGUUUGGAAUAAACCAAUUAUAUUCAGACUCUGAAAGUAAUUAUAAUUCUUCAGUCAAGAUUUAAGUAAUAUUGAUUAAACCUGAAUUAAAAAUCAGUUGUUUCUCUGCGCCAGAGAUGAUAUAGCUUCUGAUCUGAUUGAGAUGAUGCUGUAAAACAGGAAUCUUCAAACUUCUCUUAUUCUCUGUAAUGACCUAUUUACCUUGUCAGAAUAAUAAAGUAAAAUAAAAAGGGUGGAAAACCUGA